AUGUUCGUGUUUCUUCGUACAGUUUUAUUUUUCAUACAUUUCACUUCGAGCAUGAGUGAAAACCCACUCCUAAUGACAACUGCAAAUUCUGGACAAAUAGCAAAAACAGCUGAAUGCGUUUUAAAACUCUCCGCUAAAUAUUUCGUCGAGAAAAAGGCUCUAAGUGGCAGCAUCGUGAUAAUCAACAUCAACUCCUAUACCUCGACGACACAAGGACUAUUAUUGCAAACCAUACACAGCGGUAUCAAAUAUUCUAUUAUGGUAAAAGAUUCUUUUUAUCCGCAUGCAAACGCUUCCCAUUUCCCUGAGAAAGCGAAAAAUUACAUGUUGAUUUUGGAAGAGAAAUCUGAACUGGAGAGGAAUAUACUACAAUUGAAUAAAUUACCAACUUGGAAUCCUCUAGCAAAAGCCAUAGUGUUUUAUCAACUGAAAUAUAAUGAGACCGCAGAGGAGACAGCCAUAGACUUCAUUAAUGAGCUUCGAGAUUACAAGUUGUUUAAGACAAUCGUAUUCAUUUACGAUGAGUAUAAUGAUGUGGUUAUAUCUUAUACUUGGAGGCCGUACAGCGACACUAAUUGCGGAGGAAAAUGUGAAUACGUGUACAUUCUGGAUAGAUGUACAAACAACACAAUAUACGAGUUCGAGAAACAACACGACAUGUUCCCUUCGGAUAUGAAAGGGUGCCCGCUGGUAGCUUACGCUGUCAUAGCUGAACCAUACGUCAUGCCAGCGGUAAGGAAGCUCACUAAUACUUCGUAUGACGACGCCUAUGAGUUCCAAAAAGGAGGUGAAAUAAACCUCGUGAAAAUCAUAAGUCAAUUCACGAACAUGACACUAAUUACGAGAACAUCAGAGGUACAGGAGAACUGGGGCGUGGUGUAUCGCAAUGGAACUGCUACUGGUGCUUUCGAGGUAUUAAGGAACGAGACAGCCGACUUUGUGAUAGGAAACGUCGAAGUAACCAGGGUACUACGAAAAUGGUUCCAUCCCACGGUAAAUUACUUACAAGACGAAAUGACAAUUUGUUUGCCGAGAGCCCAACAGGCACCCACUUGGGAUAAUCUAGUCAUCAUAUUUCAAUGGAGUACGUGGGUGGCCACGUUUCUAAGCCUCGUGAUAAUGGGACUAGUAUUUCAUUUCUUCUAUUACAGAGAGCACAGCAACGCGACAAAAUGGCCGACUAACUCAUUGCUGAUGACGUUCAGUAUGUUGCUAGGAUGGGGAGCCACCUUUGAGCCCAAGAGCCCCACAUUUAGAAUACUAAUCUUCGCUUGGCUCUGUUUCAGCAUAAACAUGGGGAUAUCAUAUGAAUCGUUUCUCAGAAGUUUCCUAAUGCACCCGCGAUUUGAAAAGCAGAUAAGCAGUGAGGCGGAUCUUAUACAGUCUGGAAUUCCGCUGGGAGGUAGAGAGAUUUAUCGGUCUUAUUUUGAGACUAAUAACGCGAGUUCGUUUUAUUUAUAUCGCAAGUACAAUUCGACUACGUUUUCGGAGGGUAUAAGACGGGCAGCUUUGCAAAGAAACUUUGCCGUCGUUUCUUCGAGACGUCAAGCCGUCUACCAAGACCAGAAAUUGGGUAAAGGGGCGCCAUUAAUUUACUGUUUCCCCGAGAGCGAUAAUAUGUAUAAGUACGGAGUUGCUAUACUGACACGCCGCUGGUUUCCGAUGCUAGAAAGGUUUAAUAACAUCAUUCGUAGUGUUACCGAGAAUGGUUUGAUUGACAAAUGGAUGAAUGAGCUGUUAAUUCAUACUGUGAGUUCUGAAGAGGCUAGUACCAUAGUGCCGUUGAGCAUCCAGAACUUGCUUGGAGCAUUCAUGUUUAUAGGCUUCAUGUACGCUUGCAGUAUUGUCAUUUUCUUAGGUGAAGUUGUUUUGGGUAUUAUUGAGAAACGAAGACGUGUGAAAAGGUUUAAAUGUAAAUGUUCCUGGUAAUUUGUUUUUAUUCUGCGUCAGGUAUGACUACAAUAAAGUACGUAAACAUUUCUUGGAAAAAAUAAUAAUAAU